AUGAAUGAUAUCGAUGAAGCACGAUUUAAAGAAGCUUUUUUAAUCAUAGAUGAAAAUAAUACAGGUGCUAUUACAGUAAACGAUGUACAUUUUCUUAUACGAGCACUUGGUUUUACGCCAACAGAAAAUGAUUUUGCAAAAAUUGAUUUGGAAUUUAUUCAUAAUAGAAAUAUUGAUUACUUGUGGUUUAUUGAUUUAAUAUCAACAAUGUCAUGUACGAAAUAUUCAUAUGAACAAAUACAAGAAGCUUUUUAUUCUUUUGAUAAAAAUCGUUAUGGUCUAAUCAAUGUAGAAACAUUUAAAACAGCUAUGACGACUAUGGGUGAGCCAUUGUCAGACAAUGAAAUGAAGGAAAUGAUGAAAGAUAUACCUAUUGACGAAGAUGGUUUUAUUGAAUAUGAACAUUAUCUUAUGCACUUGAAACCAAAAGAUAGCAUAAGUCGAUUAACUGAUAAAAUUGACGAAAAGCAAUAA